GAAUUCCUGGAUGACCCCAAAUACAGCACAGACGAAGACCUGCCGGAGAAGCUGGAGGCCUUCAAGAAGAAAUACAUGGAGUUCGACCUCAACGGGGAGGGGGACAUCGACAUCAUGGCUCUGAAGCGGAUGCUGGAGAAGCUGGGGGCGGCCAAGACCCACCUGGAGCUGAAGAAAAUGAUCACGGAGGUGACGGGCGGCCAGGGCGAGACCAUCAGCUACCGGGACUUCGUCCGCAUGAUGCUGGGCAAGCGCUCGGCCAUCUUCAAACUGAUCCUGAUGUAUGAAGACAAAGCCAAGGAGAAGGAGGAGAAGCCAGCCGGCCCCCCAGCCAAAAGGGCCAUCACUGACCUCCCCUAGCUGACCCCGGCGCCCCCCCUCCGGGGAGCUGUUGGGGGCCCCGGGCAGGGAGCUUCUGCAUCCCUGCUCUGGGGUUCCCCUGGUUCAUGUCGCUGCUGGAAACCAAGCCACUAACAACGUCCGUGGGGGGGCAGGGGGGCA